AUGGCUUCCGCAAAUAUCGCCCUCGUGCCCUCGCCGGCUUCGUUCAACGGCGCUCCUUACCUCUCGGAGUUGCCCGAGAUGCCCCGACUUGCUGGCACCGAUUUCAAGCGUGUCCCGCUUGACAUCCUCCGUGUGGCCAUCGCUCAGCAUGUCUCAUCUUCGCUCGGUGUUGAUAUCAACGCCGCCCUCGCUGCUGUCGGUACCGGAAAGAUCGGCGACUACACUGUCGCCGUACCUCGAUUCAAGCUUCCAGGCAAGCCUGCCGAAAUCGUCGAGAAGGCUGCUGCCGCUUUCCAGCCCAACGAGUUCCUCUCCAAGGUCGAGGCCAAUGCUCCUUUCCUUCACUACUUCUUGAACGAUAAGACCCUGAUCAAGCUCACUUUGCAGACUGUCCACGUCAUGACUCACGGCUACGGCGCACCUCGUGAUGAGGCAGGCAACACUCAGCCAAGUUACGGUACUAACCGUGACGGCGAGGGCAAGAACAUCAUCGUUGAGUUUUCAUCUCCAAAUAUUGCCAAGCCCUUCCACGCCGGUCACUUACGAUCUACCAUCAUCGGCGCUUUCCUGUCGAACUUGUACAAGGCUAACGCAUGGAACGUCUCCAAAUACAACUACCUUGGUGACUGGGGUAAGCAGUUUGGUUUACUUGCUGUCGGCUGGAAGAUGUUUGGUGAUGAGCAGAAGUUGCAGGAAGACGCUGUCAACACGCUCUUCAAUGUCUACGUUCGUAUCAACCAGCUCGCUAGCGUCGAGGAGGAUGGCCAGGGCGAGGCGAUCCACGACGAGGCUCGUCAAUUCUUCAAAAAGAUGGAGGAUGGCGAUCCUGAGAGUCUUGCUCUUUGGCAGAAGUUCCGUGAUCUCUCGAUUAAGAAGUAUAUCGAGGUGUACGACCGACUCAACAUUCAAUUUGACGUCUACUCGGGCGAAUCGCAGGUCCAGAAGGAGAACCUCGCCAAAUCGAUCGAGCAGCUCAAGAAGGCCGACUUCGUCUCUCGAGAGGAGAAUGGUGCCUUGCUAGCCGAUCUGACCAAGUACAAGCUCGAAAAGUGUGUCAUUGAGCGAAAGGACGGCACACCGCUCUACAUCACCCGAGACAUCGCUGAGGCAGCACAGCGAUACGACACCAGCUUCGGUGGCAAAGGCUUCGACAAGAUGAUCUACGUCGUUGCAUCCCAGCAGGACCUCCACCUUGCCCAAUUCUUCAAGGUUCUCGAGCUCAUGGGCUACCCAUGGGCGCAGAAGGACUCUUCGCGAAUCCAGCACAUCAACUUUGGUAUGAUCCUUGGCAUGUCGACCCGAAGGGGUACCGUUGUCUUCCUCGACAACAUCCUCGACGAGACCCGAGACAAGAUGCACGAAGUUAUGAAGGCCAACGAGGCAAAGUACGCUCAGGUCGAGGACCCCGAGCGAACCGCUGACAUUGUCGGUAUGACUGCCGUCAAGAUCCAGGACAUGAGCGGCAAGCGAAUCAACAACUACAACUUCGACUGGUCGCGAAUGCUUUCCUUCGAAGGUGACACUGGUCCUUACCUCCAGUACAACCACGUUCGUCUCUGCUCCGUCGAGCGAAAGGCCAAGGAGUCCGACGGUCUAGAGCUCCCCACCGUGGACCUUGACUUAUCGACCAUCAACCUUGACCUCAUCACUGAGCCCAAGGCUCGUGAGUUGAUCAUGCUCAUCGCUCAGUGGCCCGACACCGUCAAGGCUGCUAUGAAGGACCACCAGCCCUCGACCAUCGUCACAUACGCUUUCCGAAUUACCCACUUGAUCUCGUCAUGCUGGGAGUUCUUGCUGGUCAAGGGUCAGGAGCGUGAUUUGGCUCUUGCUCGUCUCUUUGUCUUCCGAUGCUGCAAGGACGUUCUUGGAUCCGCACUCCGAUUGCUCACCAUCACUCCUCUUGAGCGAAUGUAA